AUUAGCUGGGAUUUUGAUUUCUGUAAAUGGAAUUGAUUGCCUUCCUUCUAUUACGGGGAAUGAUUUAUCAGACAAUUCCCAGUUCCUACAGGGUAACACGUCUGAAAAAGUUUCAAGUGUUCUUAGGGAUGUUCUGAAUCAGGAAAGCUUGGUGCGCCUCUCCAUGAUACAGAAAAUUCAGAUAUUAAUGAUGGAUGUCAUAGGCAACAGAAAUAUUUCUGAAAGUUUGAUGAAAAGGCUGGACGAUAUGACUGAAAAAUUUCAUGUCUUGGAGAAAAGACAGAGGAAAAGUGAAGAGGAGAAUUCAAGACUUAAUGAGGAAUUAAAAAUCUUACGUUCCACAAUAGGUGUCACUAAAAAUCUUACAGGUUACAAUGCGCUUCACUUAAAUGAGACAGAUAUACCAUUUCUUAAGAAGCAAAUUUCUUCUCUACAUAAGGAAAAUCACCAAUUAACUCAAGAAAAUACAGAAAUAAAAGCAGAACUGGAGGUUUUUAUCAGGAAAUACGUAACUGAACAAAUCAAAGAAGUAGAUUUAGAAAGUUUGAAAAAUCAAACUUUGUUUCUUAAACAGAUAUAUGAAGGUCUGUCACACGAAAACGAAAGAAUGCAGAAAACAUUACUUCAAAUGAACAAAACAAUAAACGAAGAUAGAAACGCAAACGACUUAUACGCACGGAUACUGACAGCAGAGGGAAACCUGAUGACUUUUUCUGCUUUUGUCAAUCGAACAAUGGAACGUAUUCUUCAGGAUCAAAAUAACGCUACUCAAAAACUUAUGAGUAUUUCUGCACAAUUGUCAGAAAGAUUGUUGUCUCCUCCAACAAUUAACUCCAUAGCUUUCUACUCCUACAUGUCUCAGAAAACACCGACAAUAUCUGUUCAAUAUUCUUUGAGGUUUGAUGUGGUGAAAACAAACGUUGGAAACGGUUACCAUUCCGCUACGGGAGUAUUUAUUGUUCCAGAAACUGGGAUUUAUGUAUUCACUUGGACAAUACGAGUUCUUGGUGAUAAUUAUCACUCAACGCAGUUGAUGGUAAAUACAGAUGUACUGGGGGUAAUUCACGUUAAUGCAGGUGGUGGAGGAAAUCUUGGAGGAACAGGGACUGUUGUGGCACACGUCAAUGCAGGAGAUGAUAUCUUUGUGCGCACACAUGCGUCAUUUAAUAAAGGUGUUAUUUAUAGCGACGGUGGAGGAAGAUCGUCCUUCGCAGGAUGGAAACUAUUCUAAAUAGAUAUAAUGAUUGAUAUGAGAUAAUUUUAAAAUAAGAUAGUAACUUAUUUCGAAGGAAAAGGUAAGAUAAUCCCUGUGUAUCACAACAAUAGGUGUCAUAAAGUGACAAUCUUUCUAAUAUGUAACUAUAAAAACACAAAUGGAAACAUUUAUCAGCAUAAACUUUUUGUACAAUGUAUUGUUUAUAAGUGAAAUAUACAAAUAAAGUA